AUGGUCAGGGAGCUGGAGGGCAACUUCAAAGUCGGUCAGACCGGUCUCUACACCAAGUCAUGGCUUCCCGAUGAGACGCCCAAGGCGAAGCUCGUCUUCGUGCACGGGUACAGUGACCACAUUGGCCGGUACUAUGGCUUUUUUCCGUAUCUCGCCGAGCAAGGCAUCGCCGUGUAUGGCUUCGACCAACGCGGAUGGGGCCGCAGCGUGACGAAGCCGGCCGAGAAGGGCCUCACGGGCCCGACAUCAGAAGUCAUCGCCGACAUUGCAGCGUUCACCCAGAGCGUCAUGGUUGCGGAGCCGACGACUGCACCGCUCUUUGUCAUGGGUCACUCCAUGGGCGGCGGCGAGGUGCUGACGCUCGCUUCAAUGCCCGAGUAUGAGGACAGCAUCAUCCGACAUGUCCGCGGUUGGAUUCUGGAGGCGCCGUUCAUCGCCUUUCCGGAGAGCGAGACGCCCAGCACGCUGAAGAUGUUUGCCGGACGGCUCGCCGGGCGCUUCUUGCCUCGCUUUCACCUCGUGCAUGUCAUCCCGGCCGAAUACAUGUCCCGCGACCCGGAUGUUGUGCAGAGCGUGAAGGAAGACAAGCUGUGCCACAACACUGGCACGCUGGAAGGGAUGGCAGGCCUUCUCGACCGGACGCUGGAGCUAGUGACGGGUAAGGUGAAGCUGAGCCCUGAGGUGCGAAGCCUAUGGGGUGGGCACGGCGAUGCGGACAUGGGCACUAGCUACGCGGCCAGCAAGGCGUGGUUCGACAAGCAGACAACGGUGGCAGACAAAACAUUCAAGACGUAUGAGGGCUGGUUUCAUCAGCUGCACACCGAACCCAACAAGGAAGAGUUCUACAGAGACGUCGCCGAGUGGAUCCUGGCGAGGUGCGAUAGCGAGGCGAGUGCUGCUGCGGUGGAUGGAAAUCAAACACAGCAACUGCCGCAGGCGAGCGAUGAGGUGAAGACAGAGAGUAAACCAGAAUCCAAGCUGUAG